UCACGAGCUGGGAGUCGGACCACGUCAGCUAACGGUACACUUCCUGGAAUAGGGAGGAGCUGGUACUUAUUAUCGUGGAUAUAAACAUCAUCUCUGCACAUUGGUUUGUUUAAGCCUCAUUGUUGCCGACCAGGAUGAUUGACGUUCGGGCAUGGGCAGAGUAUGUGGUGGAAUGGGCUGCCAAAGACCCCUACGGUUUCCUCACCACUGUCAUCCUGGCUCUCACACCUCUCUUCAUUGCCAGUGCACUGCUGUCCUGGAAACUGGCCAAAAUGAUUGAGGCACGUGACCGGGAACAGAAGAAAAAGCAGAAACGUCAGGAAAACAUAGCCAAGGCCAAGAGGACCAAGAAAGACUAAGCCUGUGGGUAGAAUGAGGGCAUACCAAAAAAAAGAGGAGGAGCAACCACCACGCUCACAGUCCUCCUUAUUCCAAUAAUGACAUGGUGCCCUUCGUUGUCCCAGCCCUGCUGUCAGCACUGGGCCACUACGCCUCAUAUCCAGGGUAGGAGUCUGGCCCCGCGGGCCUAACAGUGCUGAGACGAACAAUACUGCCUGAAGGAGGCUCAUCCCAGUGGGACUUUGGUCAGCUAGAGCACAGUGGUCCUCUGUAUGAUGUUAUUGUACAGGAAUCCACUGAUAAUAUUGUGUAGCUGUUGAAACACCUUGCAUUCCAUUGUUAGCGUCCGUGUUCUGCUGAAUUGACGAUUUAAUGAGCAUACUGGAACUUUUCCCCAAAAUAUCCCAAAUACUUAACUUUUUAAUCAAUAAAGUUUUCAUGGUUGAUAAGAAAAUCUAAUUUCCUCUUUGUGCAUUUAAUAUUGGACUCUGGAGUGCUUUUACUUUUAAAGUAUUCAUCCCCUAAUGUUUAAUUGUACCAGAGUGCAUUUAACUGGGCUUUCAUGUGCUGGUGGUCAAAAAAAGACAAACAAAACAAUUCUCUACAAAUGUGGAGCAGCCAGUUGUCUUUAGAAGCAGCAUAAGUUACAAGAACUUACCAGUGAUAAGUGAAUUUAGGUUGAAUACCCACUGCUGGUUAUUAAGUUAUGUAACAGCUGUAAAAGGUGCCUUUAUUAAAUAUAGACUUGAAAGGAGAGAACCAGGAUUGUUUUGGGCAGGUUUUGUUAUUCAGAAUAUUUAGUAUUUUUUUCUAUACUGUAUGCUCUAAAUUUAGAUAUAUUUGCAAAGAUAUGUGUUCAAUUUGGUAGUCGUCUUUGUUUUAUUAAAAACAAAUUACACUCA